AGUUGUUCAAAUGACAAUCUUAGAACUGUAUUUAAUUUAAAAUUUUAAAUAUUCUAAACUGUUUUAGUGUUAUUAAUUUAAAUAAAUUUCUGAAAUUAUGAUGAUUGGAAGUGGGUUUUGGAUUUACCUCUUUUCUGCCCUUACUUGGUCCAUAUAUUCUUAUACUAUGGACCUUUCUAAGAUUUCUAACACUGGAAAUGACCUUUGGACUUUCCUUUGUGACUUUCCAACACUUUCUUCAGGUUCAGAAGAACUUCUCAUUCCACCUUAUUAUUUCUCAUUAGAGUCUGGAGGUCGAUUACACGGAUAUGUUAAAAUCGCAGCUAUUGAAGACAUUGAAGAUGAUUUAGUUAUUUCAAAUAUUCCUCAGAACAACAAUAGCACUAUCCAUAGUAAUACCUACAACACUCUUUACUCUGAUAAUUUUCACAACACCACUGAUACCAUGAAUAAUGAUAACAGUCAUACUUCAACUAUCACCACUACUCAUAAUUCAGUUGACACUGUAUCACUAGACAACAUGUUACAAUUUAACAGACUUAAGAUUAAGACUAAACCUCUGCUCUCCAUUAGUUUGAGAAACCGAAACAUGACUAACACCUCUACCAACACCUUCACUGACCAUAUCUCACUUCUACACCUCUUUCGAACCAUAUUUCAUUCCAUCAAACAUCUCAAAACUGACAAUAAUAUGGAUAUUUCAGUUACUGCUACUAAAACCACUACUACUACCAAGACCAACACUAUGACUAAUAAUACUCCUAAUGCUCUAAGUGACAACCUAAAUCUAACGUCUGCAUACACUAACACCACUAACAAUAACUCUACUAAUAUUUUAUCACAUAACACUAACACCAAUGCUACCUUGGAAGACGAUUCAUUUAUUGAUAAUGUAUACUUGAUAUUAUUUUCACAUUCUCAAUGGCAGUUAUACCUAUCUAAUGGUCCUUACGAGACUGUUCAGCCAUCUCGUAACUCAAGAGGUUAUGUUUACUACAGUAGUGCCAUGUCUAAGCUAAGAGUUCCAAUCACUAAGGUUUCAGAUACUAUCACAUUUCAAUUCGUUUCCGAUCAACCAGAUCGUUACAUUCUGCUCCUACUUAAUCCUGAUCAACGUAAGAUGACUCUUGAAGGCUAUGUCAGAUUUGAGAAUCCAACCUCUCAUAACCUACCCCUGGAAUUGAAACACCACUUUCACAUCUUAGCCACGUGGUUCUUCGUUUACCUAAUCUCGUUUGUUAUUUCUUCUAUUUACCUCCAUCUGUACGUACAAUCUGCCUCUAAGGCUAACUACUGUCUAUCACUUAACUACCUGCUCUACACUUCCUUUCUCAUUUUAGACCUGGUCAUUAUUUACUUUGUCCGUUUGACUGAUAGGAUUCCCAGGUACAUUUGGGCCAUCAGUCACAUCUUCAAGCGUCUUCACGAGAUCUACAUCUUGACUCUGCUAGUGGUGCUAUCUCUUGGUUGGAAGGUUCUCAGAGACACCUUAAGCUCUCUUGAAUUUCAGCUGAUAAGUUCAAUAACCUUGAUUUGUAUCCUAAUGGGCCUUGUUGAAGUUGCUGUAAGUGGUUUUGACAUUAGCCGAUAUCUGGUUCAUGCUAUUGCCUGCAUAUGCAUACUGAUGGCCACUAACUUCAACAUUGUCUUAAUAAACACCAGGAUUGCAGAUGAAGGUCUGACUCCUCAAGCAGCCGUAGCCUAUCAGCAUAUGAAGUUAUUCUCUAACUUCCGUAUUCUCUUCUUUGUCCACAUGUUCAAACCAGCCAUUUUCUCACUCAUUAGGUUUGUCCUUCAGCCUACUCUAGACCAAGUGAUUAUUUGGGAUCAGCACUUGAAUCUCUUCAUUGACCUAUCAUUCGAUUUCACUGUUUAUACCUUACUGUUUCUUAAUUUCCUCCAAACUGAUAAGGGAUUAUUCAAUCACAUUCUUCAAAACUCCAGUGACUAG